AUGGCGUUGCUUUUCGAUCCCCAUUUCACGCUGUUACGAGAAGAUCAAAGCGCCAAACUCUUCAAUGUGUUACUCGUGAUCUCACAGGCGUUAGGAGGUUUGGCUAUCCUACUGGUUGCCAUUUGGAUGGGUGGUUAUGAAGACGGUUUUUCGUGGACUGAAGACCCAGAACGAGAGUUUCACUAUCAUCCAACGUUUAUGGUUAUGGGAAUGGUCUUCCUCUACGGUGAAUCCAUGCUCGUUUACCGUGUGUUCCGUAAUGAACGUAAGAAAUUCAGCAAGACUCUUCAUGUCUGUCUGCAUUCAAUGGUUUUAGUCUUUAUGAUCAUUGCCUUGAAAGCCGUCUGGGACUCGCAUGAUUUGCACAAAACCGAACAAGGUGAAUUGGAUCCGCUACCAAACAUGAUUUCGCUUCACUCUUGGAUCGGACUUAGUGUUGUCAUCGCAUUUUCUGCGCAGUAUGCUGUCGGCUUCAUCACCUUCUUCGCUCCUGGCUUGUCGAUCCCAAUUCGCCAACUGGUGAUGCCGUUCCACCAAUUGAUCGGCAUGAUGAUCUUUGUUGCUGUAUCGAUUACUGUAGGAAUGGGAAUUUCUGAGAGAGCUGCAUGGAAACAUACAUGCUGGACGAAAGGACGCGAACUAUGCGGACAACAAGCUGUGGCGAAUCUUGUCGGGGUCUGUGUAUUCUUCUACGCACUACUCGUUCUGAUACUGGUGGCGAAUCCCAGAUGGAAACGUCGCCCGUUGCCGGAAGAAGAGAGCCUUCAUCAACUCACAGCCACUACCAGUCAUGAUUAA